AUGAAACAUGUCUUUGGUCAGACACCAUUUUAUAAUGUUGAGAAUUCACAGUGGAGCUUGUGGCCAGACAUACCUUAUGACUUGAUUGCCAAGUACAAAGGAUUACUGACCUGGUUGGAAAAAUACCGGUUACCUUUCUUCUGCAAAACAAACCUGUGUUUCUAUUACAUUCUCUGUCAGGAACUCAUCAGUUUCAUCAAGUCCCCAGAAGGAGCCAAAAUGAUGAGAUGGAAAAUGGCGGACCAGUGGCUGCUGGAAAAAUGUAUUUCUGGAGUCAGAGGGAUAUGGCGUUUCUGUUCCUACCUCAUGGGCAGUGCAGGUGAAGAACUGCUGGAUUUCUGGAUCCUUGCUGAGAAGAUCCUGAGCAUUGACGAGACAGAUGUGUAUGUGAGAGACUACUACCUGUCCCUCCUGUUUGUGCUCAAGGCCACUCACCUGCAGGAAGGCUCCCGGGUGGCGACUCUCUGCAACAUGAACAUCAAGUCCCUCCUGAACCUCUCCAUCUGGCAUCCCAACCAGUCCACCACCAGAAGGGAGAUCCUAAGCCACAUGCAGAAAGUGGCUCUCUUCAAAAUCCAGAGCUACUGGCUCCCCAACUUUUACACCCAUGCCAAGAUGACAAUGGCCAAUGAGGAAGCAUGUCAUGGCCUGAUGCAGGAGUACGAGACCCGCCUGUGCAGUGUUUGCUGCACACACACAGGAGGGAUCCCUUUAAAUAUGAGCAUCAAGAAAUCCCGCCGCUCCCAAAGGAAGUACUCAAGCAGGAAAGCCAAGAGGAAGCUGUGGCUGUUGAUUGAUCCUAUCUUAUGGUCUCUGGAGACGGACAUCAAGCCAGAAGUCUCCACUAAGCCCCCAAAAGAGAUGAGUCUUGCAGAAAAGGUAGUUUCACAAAAGCCUUUUCUGGGAGUAGAUUCUUCCAAGGAAACAGUAAUCCAUUUCCUGAACAAGGAUACUCAGUAUGCCAAGAAACCCGUUGUGAAGAAGAAAUCCAAGCUCCAACUCCACAUGGAGGGCCUCUUUGAGGCAAAGUUCACCAACAACCUGAGAACAUCCACUCCGAUUAUCAAUCACACUGCCCCCCUGGCAGUCAAGAAGUCCCUCAGACGAGGCAUCUCUUUUGGGUACACUCACUGGGCCCUGAGUGCUGAUGCCUGUGCAGGGAGUCCCUUCCGCUAUCACCUGAAGAAGCUGAACUUGAAGGUGGAGGUGCAACUCUUGGACCUCUGGCAGGAACUGCAGCAUUACCUCGGUGUUCUGAUGAGUAACAGGAAGAGCGGGAAUGCACUCUUUCGUCACAUGCUGGGUAACAGAAUCUGUGAGCUCUACUUGGAUGAGCAGAUCGGGCCACCCUUACCACUCAAACCUCAGACCAUUCAGGGCCUAAAGAAACUCCUACCUUUGGGGGAUGUGAAUCCCUGGGUCCCCAAAGCCCAGAAGGAGAUCUGCAAGGUCCUCUGUCCCUGGUACGAUGAAUUCCUGAACGAAGAGGACUACUGGUUUCUCGUUUUCACAACUCAAACACGCUUCAUCAAAGCCCGGUGGCAUAAAAGAGAAGCCACAAGCAAAGAAGAGAACAUUCUUCUUUAUAAGAGGAUUCAGGAAUCUCUGGUGUUAAGCCAGGGUUUGGCUAACUUGCAGGAAAUGGAGUCUAUGCAGUGGCAAAAAGUGGCUACUGAGAACCUGAGGCGGGGCGGCUCUCUCCAGGUAGAACUGACGACGGCUCCUGUCUUCUUAGAAGAUGUAAACAAAAUGACCUUUGAGGAGCUUGCCUUUAAGAAUCCAAAGUUGGCCAUAGAAAAGAUCAGUGAAGACUUCAAAAUAUACUGCGAAAAGGCACCUGCAAAAGUUUAUACAGUGGAAAUUGUCAAGCAGCCAAAACACACACCCUCACAAAGGAAAACAUCCUUCGUUAAGAAAGCUGUCAUAAGGAAGCCUUCCAUAAGACCAAGUUUCGGCUUUAUUGAUUUCAGCCCUCAAUCUGAUUAUUUCCUGGCGUCUACUCCUCCUAGGAACAUGACAGAAAUCCUCCUAAAUUCUCAACACCUGGAGUACUUCCGGGAGUUCCUCAAAGAGCGGAAGGCUGAAACCCCGUUGGACUUCCUGAUCGCCUUACAGAAGACCAUGAUGGAGACCAAUGAAAAGUCUUAUAAGGCUUCUUUGGAAAGUAUGACCAAGACUUACUUCCACGGCAAGAUCCCUCCUGAGGAAAUGCUGCAAUGCGAUGCUCCUCUUAUCAAAGAAGUUGUUCACAUGCGUCACAUCACCAACACCACACUGCUGUUGCUUCAGGGCCACGUGAUGAAAUCUCUGGAAGAAAAGUGGUUUAAAGAAUACCAAGACAUGUUCCCACCACGUCCUGUGGAAGUUGAACUUGAAACACAGUUUCUCCCCAGGAAACCCUCAAAGUCAGCAAUACACCUACAGGAAUCCCAGAAUAAAGGAUGGAUGAAAAUGAUCUGCUUCAUCAAGAGUUUUUGCAAUUACCGCAGAUUCAUGGCAAAUCCCAAGAAACGCCAACAGUUUAUAGAUUUCAUCCAUCUGGAAAUGUACAACACCAAGGAGAAUUUCUCUGCGUCACCCACCACCCCACCAAUACGUCACACCCCAAUAUCCCCUAGUGCCCGGAGCACAGAACAAGAAAAUGGAGAAAUGGUCCUUAUGAAACGCCGGAUAUUUGGCCACAGAGUUAUCAUUGUCAACUUUGCCGUUAAUGAUCUAUAUUUCUUUUCUGAAAUGGAGAAAUUUAAUGACCUGGUGAGUUCAGCUCGUGUGCUGCAGAUGAACAGAGCAUACAACGAGAAUGACAUCAUCCUGAUGCGGUCUAAACUGAACAUUAUUCUAAAGCUUUACCUGAUUUCAGAUGUCCCUCCAAAGCUGAGGGUGAACAUCUCUGAGUCCCAGAAGGAUAUCAUUUUUGCUGCCAUUACAGAAGGCCACCUAGACCGGACCAUCUUCCACGGGGCUAUCAUGUCCAUCUUCCCUGUCAUUAUGUACUUCUGGAAAAGGUUUUGUAUCUGGAAGGCCACACGCUGUUAUGUAGAAUACAUGGGGAAGAAGUUUAAGGAUGUAAGAUCUCCUCCCAAGUCUAUGUACAAGUACCCACCGUGGAGUGGAGGUGACCAUGCUGUCUUAAGGUUCACUUUGCUCAGAGGUAUUGAAUGGUUUCGACCUCAACACGCCCGCGAGGCAGUGACAAAUUCAAUCCAAAACUCUUCAUCUAGCAACCUCACCCAGCCCAGUAGACCUGCCAUCUCUUCCGCGCAGUUGGGGUCUUCUGCCCCGAGGAAGUUGAUACAGCCCAAUCAGAUUAGGGAGUGACCAAAAGAGACAGAAAGAAGAAAGGCAAGAGAGACUGAAGGCCCUACCUCCACCUUCAGAGGAGCCUUUGCAUGUGCGCGCAUCACAGAGCAACAUGAGGGAUGUGAUGACAUCUGUCCCUCAUUGCCACUGCUACUGGAUCCAGAUGUUUCCUCAAGAAGAGGAAGUGAUUUGAAUGCACAGUACCAUGGGGUACCAGCCCUCACCCCUACACGGUAAUCAGGGCUGUAGGUCAUUAGCCAGAAUAAAGGAUACACCCUAUUUACUAUCCUACAUUCUCACUCAUAUAUUGAAGAAAUAAGGGUUAAGAUAAUCAGUUACCAGAAGCUGGGAAAUCAGGGUGACUUGAGGUACAGG